CGGAAAGACAGGAAGCAGGAAGUGUGGUGAACGCGUCAGUCAUGAGACCGCCGCUUUUACUCCGGUCCUCGGGCAUCGUCUUCCGGCUACUCUUGGGGUCGUUUCCCGAUUUUGGACACAAACUCCUCUCUCGUGCAGCCUAUUUGCCGCAUUUGUCCACGUUGAGAAAAACGAUGCACUAUCAAACCGAGGAGAGAGGAAGCCCAAACAGCACAGAUUACCGGAUUUAUUUUAAAAAUUCGGAUGGCAACUACAUUUCUCCUUUCCAUGAUAUCCCCCUCAUAGCUGAGCCAGAACAGUACAAUGGUUUGCCAGCCAAAAAGGCCAAGAGGAACGAGAGUGAAGUGCUCUUUAACAUGGUCGUUGAGGUGCCCCGCUGGUCAAACGCUAAGAUGGAGAUUGCGACAAAGGAACCACUGAACCCCAUUAAGCAAGAUGUAAAGAAAGGCAAGCUCCGAUACGUUGCCAACAUAUUUCCACAUAAAGGUUAUAUUUGGAACUACGGCGCCAUCCCGCAGACGUGGGAGGACCCGAACCACAUGGACUCGGAAACAAAAUGCUGUGGCGAUAAUGAUCCAAUUGAUAUUUGCGACAUCGGCAUGCAUGUGUGCUCUCCUGGUCAGGUCAUUCAAGUGAAGGUGCUGGGAAUCCUGGCAAUGAUUGAUGAGGGAGAAAUGGACUGGAAGGUCAUUGCUAUCAAUGCAGAGGACCCCGAUGCCAAAAGCCUGAACGACAUAGAUGACGUCCGCAAGAGCCGGCCUGGUCAUUUGGAGGCCACCGUGGACUGGUUCAGGAAGUAUAAGGUUCCGGAUGGGAAACCCGAGAACCAGUUUGGAUUCAACGCUCAGUUUCAAGAUAAGGACUUUGCCAUGGAGAUCAUCAAGUCCACACAUGAGCACUGGAGGGCACUAGUGCAGAAACAGACAAACAGUGGCGGGAUUGAAUGCAAAAAUGUGUCCUGUUCUGACAGUCCUUUCAAAUGCAACGCAAAAGAGGCAACGGAUGUGAUUCAGUUGGCACCCGCGCUUGGUUGCGGACACCGUAUUUCGUCAGAGGUGGACAAGUGGCACUUUGUCUGAGUGACUGGGAUACCCGAAAAGACAUCAUGGAUGCAAGCAAUCAUUGCUAUCAACGGCGCUCAACUUUUUGUGAGCAGUGUCUAGUCAUGUCUGGUGAGGAUCUUUUGUCAUCUCUCGAAAUAAAACGCCCGGGGUUUUGCUGUCAAUUAAAGCUCAGCAUAACAUAGUGUACAUUUUUUACAUCAUAAAAUAGCACAUUGUUGGUUUUUUUUUUUUUUUGGUUAUCUUGUGGAGUCAUGCUCCGUGUCCAAUCCAGAGAUGAAAUAUGUUUCGACUGCCAUGGCAUUUCUUUUUAUUGUCAUCAUCCCAUUUUUUAUCAUCGGUCUGUUUUCCCUUGCGGUAGAUUGUCACAUACGUCGCUGUAAAUUCUUGUUUUUGAUGCUUUCUCGACACAUCAAAGGCCUUACCGGAUUGGCAGAAAACGGAUCACCAUGUGUGACUUAAUCCAUUGAUUGAUGUGAAGACAUGAUGUUUGCCUUGUAGGCCGUUAAAGGAGGAGCGUACACACAAACAUUUGAAACUAGGCGUGUAUUUAUAAUGGUAAAACUGAUCAUUUUAUACAAGUCAAAUAUCUUUAAAUAAAUAUAAAUUUAUUGGAGGGAAAGGGGGAGAAAAAAAAACACCCACACCUUGGCAAUAUCAGCAAUGAUAUAAUAACAGCUUUGAAAUAAACCGCAUUCAGUACAUUACAAUACUUACAGCUGAAUACCUAUCCUUAAUCCAAAUUUUGGAGCAUACCAAGCUUCUGGAGAACAAGGGAAGCCUUAAGAAAUCAAACAGGAAAGAAGUGACUUUUAGUGUCCGCCUGCAAAAACGAAAAAGUAUGAAGUACUCGUUGUUUGAGCCAAGUACAUGCAGUACUCUUGUUAUACCCAUAAAGUCAUUCAAGUAAUUCUGACUCAUAGCUUCAAGUAUGGCGCUGCUUUUUCUUUGAUUCAUUUUUUUCUUCUUUUUUUUCCACUUGCUAAAUCUCUUUAAUCUUCUCACCACAACCUGCUACUGUCGCUGGGCUCUGUACAAUGAACACAUAAAUCGCUGUGGAUUUUACAACAUCCAAAAUAUAAAUUCCAAUGUUUGUCGGGCUAACAGUAAACGUUGCGUUGACAAGAGUGUAUUCUUGACAAAGACUUUACUGGAAAAUGUUUUCUUUUGAGAUUUGAUCAUUUGUUGGGUCAGUUUGCCAUGUUGAGAACCUUCGUCGAGUUCAAGAGUUGAAAAUUUCAUUUUGGAUUUUCACUGUACAAUGUGACACACUCAUUUACACCCUGUUUUAAAUAAAACACUUUGUACUUUA